GAGGCAGCAAGCACUUACGAACCACGACAGGUUGAAGUACAACGGACGGGACGAAGCCUCUAUGGCUUGUCAACAUACAGCUGAAAGCUAUCCACGUCAGUCAUGGCGGCCCAGGUGCAGGCUUUACUACGAUUCCUAUCACAAGACGCCAAGAUGCCACUGGCAGAUGCUAUGGGCAAAGUCAUUGAGCUUCAAAAAGCUGGUCACACAUCCCCCGAACAAAUCUCCAAAUCGGAUAUCGAGACUCUCGAGGAGAUUUUUAAGAAUGCUAAGGUGGCGAGGCAGGUGUUGAAUGCAGCGAAAAGAGUGUCUAAAAAGCGCGACGCUCCAGUUGAAAACACUGGGCCUCCUCAGAAAAAGCCAAAGAGUUCAACUCAGAGGGAUAGCUCCACUCCUUUUGAGAUAGAAUGUACGCUCUCUCUUCCGGCCACAUCGGCGACUGAAGAUGAAUUAUCCAAGGUCGUCAUACUCACGAACAGAGCACCGCUUGUGCUUGCUUUUGCAGUCUGUGUUUUGAAACACACUAUGCCUGAACAACCGGUCUCUAGCCGAUUGAGCCUCGCCCAGGCAGUUGUUAGUGCUAAUAGUCACUCAAAAGCUGUCAGCCUGGGUAUCGAAAGUGAGAAACCUGCGGACCAAGAAGGCUGGGGGGACGGACAGCCCGUAAUCAAAGUCUUAGGAAGAGAAGUAAAGGUUUUGAAAAGAUGGGACUAUAACCCUAGAGAAGGUAAACCGGCAGCUACAGAUAUCCCACAGCAGAACGAAGAAAUUCACGGCACAUCCAAUGAUAAUUUGGGCCAAGACUCUUCUGAUACUCCGAACGGCACGCCACCAUUAUGGGGCAUCGAUCUCGAGGCACUGCGAAGCACACAUCGUGGUGCAACAAGCAGGGUCUCCAAAGCAAACGAACCUCUUCCUAUCCACACGCCAGGUGCUGCGCGUUCGUAUUUACUCAAGUCAUUUGUGGAAGCACCAAUGGAAAGUCACCCAUCACCAGACAGUUCGAAACGGAAGCGCGCCUCUCUGGUAGAGACCGAGAAAGAGACAUGUUUGGGAAAUCUACUGAAGUCUAUUGACUUAGUGUGUCGGUCUUGGGCUCCCACUCUCACCAAAGAAGAGUUGGAUAGACGAGCAUGGGCCUGGUAUACGCACGUCAGACCUCCUGUCCAGAGUGGACCAGCAGGCUGGGGAGAAAAAGGUCGGGUGAAGUUAUCUGACAUUCUGGCUUUGAGAAGACAGCCAUGAUUGCGGGUGAGACUGUGUUUGAGACUUUAAUUCUUGAGAACCACAAGAGUGUCGUGCCAAUCAACACCUGGACCAGAUCAUGAACUCCAGGUCAUCGACGGGCAGCACGUUUCUGACCCACUUGGCAUCCAGAUAUCGCAAGAUCAUUGUGCACCAGAGUUGGCACAACCGGUGGUGUUCAACAUCCACUUCGUUCUAGAAGUUCGCUGUUUGGUAAGGCAACAGCUGUGUGGGUCAGCCGAU